AUUUGCAUUUCAUUAAUCAUGAAGUAUCUCACAAUAAUUGUAGGAGUCAUAGCUCUUUUGGCUGUUUGCCAAGCUCUUGAUUCUUCCACAACCGAAGCAUCAGAUGAAACUGCUGCUGAUACUACCAGUGUAAGUUCUACGGAAAGUUCGGAAAGUGCAAGUGAAAGUAGUUCGGAAAGUGCUAGUGAAAAUAGUUCGGAAAGUGCCAGUGAGAGUAACUCGGAAAGUACCAGUGAGAGUAAUUCGGAAAGUUCCAGUGAGAGUAAUUCGGAAAGUUCCAGCGAGAGUAACUCUGAAAGUACCAGUGAGAGUAACUCAGAAAGUUCAACUGAAAAUAAUCUAGAAGAAAAAGAAAAUAGGCCACGACCACCAUUUCCACUAUUACCAUUUCCAUUACCACCAUUUAAGCCAGGACAUCAUCAUGGAAGACCAGGAGAGCAUGAUAAAGCAGAUAAUCAUGGAAGACACGAAGAACCUAGAGGUCCACCAGGUUUGCUAGGAAGCCAAGGAGGUUUUGGAGGAUUUGGCGGUCCAAUUAGUGGACAAGGUUUAUUUGGUCGUCUUGGAAAUCAAGGAGGUUUUGGUGGCGCUAAUAGACCAGGUGGCUUUGGUCGUUUUGGAAAUCAAGGAGCUUUUGGUGGCCCUGGAAGACUAGGCUUCGGAUUUGGUGGACCUGGUAGAUAAACUGUUUUGACUCUUAUCAAGUAAACAUUAAUGUAUCUGUUUUUAAAAUUUUAAUCAAUAUCAUUCAAUAAAUAACAACACUCUGCAAUCAAAAAA